AUGACAGUAACUAACGUAAAACCCUCCCCCGUCACGGGGAAAGGGCGCUUUGCAGCGAGUUACACAUCCCGGCCACCAGCUGCGUUGGAUAAGGGAAUACGAUCGAAGUCUUUCAAUCUGACCUCUUGUGAGUCAAGGCAGUCCGGGCUUACUGUUAGGACAACGCAUCAGGAAAAGACGUAUGAAAUGUUUCUUAGCUACGAGAGAGACAUAGACAGAUACUCCUGCUACAUUUCUCGAGCUCACAUCCUUCUCUUUCUCGCUCUCACUAUUUUUUCCAUCGUUAUCUGCAACAUGCAAAUGGGUCUGCUGACGACAAAAACCCAAGUGGUAGUCUCUGAGGAGGACAUCUAUACUGAACUGGUCGGAAUGAAGAACAUGUCAUCCACACUUCGGAGAAUAAGGGCCCUGUCGAACCUCUUUGGAACCACGUACCAACGCGUCAAAGUCCAGACAAAUCCUCUGACCCCGUCAUACUUGGAAAAACAAGUGUAUCUACAGCUCUAUCAGGUAGCAAUGCAGCUCAUCAUCGGGUUUGAGGAUGCUCGGACUUUCGACAAUUCCAUACGUUCCGCCACAAACUGUUUGAAUCAAAUCUCAGUUUCCACGGCAGGCACUCUUGGAAGUGGCUCAACCUGUCCUCUGGAAAAAGCGAUCCAGAGGCUUCAAAAGAUUAAGCCACAACUGGCUGGCCAGCUGCGAGAGGCAGUUGUUACUAUGAAAGUGCCUCUUUCACUUGUGCUCGAGCAAAAAAUCCUGGAUCACUAUCCCAGCGAGUGGCCUGACGUGUACGAUCCAUAUAAAUUCACCCUUCUUUUAAUGAGCCAGGGGCGCUUUCGAGAGGUUUUUGAGCGCGCUGAUAUGUAUUUUGAGGAACUGGACCAAAUCGUUGAUGCGCUUCGAUCUAUAAAAAUAUGGCCACGGCUCCUCCUCCCCCCGAGUUUGUUCAUCAGUAUCUUAGGAUGCGCCUUACUCCUCUUCAUCAUAUUUGUUCAGUACUAUUCAGGUAGGUAA